AUGGAGAGUCGGAAAUACUCUGCCCUCGCUAAACACCCCGCACCCAGUGAGCGACAACGGGUGGUGGGAGCUCGCCUGCAGGCGGGGAGACGGCAGCAAGCGCUCCAGCCUGGAAUUCUACCCCGUCUUCUUGCCAAACACCUUCCGCCGAUCUUGCAGACGGGAUUCCAGGAGCGGAAAGCGCUUGUCAGGCAGCAAAUGAGGCUGGACAAGCUCUCGGAGGUGGCCAAGGUGAACACGGAUGCCAUCCGCUUGGCCCAGGAGGAGAUCUGCGAGUACCGCCGCCAGCUCCAGUCCAAGACCACCGAGCUCGAAGCCCUCAAAGGGACCCAGGAGUCACUGGAGAGGCAGAGGCAGGACUCGGAGGAGCGCCAUCAUGCAGAUGUCCUGUCCUACCAGGAGACCAUCCAGCAGCUUGACAGCGAGCUGAGGAACACCAAGUGGGAGAUGGCAGCUCAGCUCCGGGAGUACCAGGAUCUGCUCAACGUCAAAAUGGCCCUGGACAUUGAAAUCGCUGCCUACAGAAAGCUCUUGGAAGGGGAGGAAUAUCGGAUCGACUCUGGCUUUGGGAUGAUCUCCUUCCCUGAGGUGGUCCCCAAGGCUCCCAGCAUCACCGCCAACAUCAAGGUCAAGAGUGAGGAGAAGAUCAAGGUUGUGGAAAAAUCUGAGAAGGAGACAGUGAUUGUGGAGGAGCAGACAGAGGAAAUCCAGGUGACUGAGGAGGUCACAGAGGAGGAGGAGGCUGAGAAAGAGGCUGAAAAGGAGAAAGCUGAAGCAGAGGCUGAAGAAGAGGAGGCCAAGUCCCCACAGAAACCAGAGUCCCCCUCAAAGGAGGAGGCCAAGACCCCAGCUGUCAAGUCCCCAGAAAAACCCCCAACCCCCUCAAAGGAGGAGGCCAAGAGCCCAGCUGUGAGGUCUCCAGAGAAACCUGCAAUCCCCUCAAAAGAGGAGGCCAAGACCCCAACCGUGAAGUCCCCUGAGAAACCUGCAAUCCCCUCAAAAGAGGAGGCCAAGAGCCCAGCUGUCAAGUCCCCAGAAAAACCCCCAACCCCUUCUAAGGAGGAGGCCAAGAGCCCAACUGUGAAGUCCCCAGAGAAACCCCCAGCUCCCUCAAAAGAGGAGGCCCCAGCUGUGAAGUCUCCAGAGAAACCCCCAACCCCUUCUAAAGAGGAGGCCAAGACCCCAACCGUGAAGUCCCCAGAGAAACCUGCAACCCCCUCGAAAGAGGAGGCCAAAACUCCAUCUGUCAAAUCCCCAGAAAAACCCCCAACCCCUUCUAAGGAGGAGGCCAAGACCCCAGCUGUGAAGUCCCCAGAGAAACCCCCAGCCCCCUCAAAGGAGGAGGCCAAGACCCCAACCGUGAAGUCCCCUGAGAAAGUCAAAUCUCCUGUGCAGGAGGAAGCCAAGUCUCCGCAGAAGGAAGCAGCCCCGGCCAAGGAGCCCACCUCCUCCCCUCCAAAGGAGCCGAAAUCCCCCGCAAAGGAAGAGCAGCCCAAGGAAGUGAAGGCUCCCUCCAAGCCCGGAGCUGAGGAGGGCAGGAAAGAAGAAGCUCCCAAGAAAGAUGUCCCGGCCAAGGCAGAGGAGAAGCCCAAAGAGAAGGUGGCUGCUGUGCCAGAGCCUCCAGCCCCACAGGUGAAGGAGACCACAAAGCCGGGCCCCAAACCUGUGGAAGAAGGAAAGGCCGAGAAGGAGGCUCCACCAAAACCUCAGCAGGAGGCUGGCAAAGCAGCUGUGAAGGACCCUAAGAAGACAAAGGCCGAGGAACCCCAGAAGGAGAAGGUGGAGGAGCCCAAAGCUAAAGCGCAACCCAAAGAUGAGCCCAAAGCCAGUAAAGAGCCCCCCAAGGCUGAGGCCCCCUCCAGCAAGGAGGGCAAAGCCCUGGAGCCGGCGCCUGCCGUGAAGAAGUGA